UUAAUCUAGAUCUAGACAUAGAUUUUUGUAGACAUAGAUCUAGACUUAGACUCUAGACCUAAUUUUUCUAGACAUAGAUCUAGAUCUACAUCGAGAAAAAUUAUUAUAUGUUACUAUCGUAACUAUGUUGAUCUAGAUUCUACUUUGAUUAGUUUACAAACAGAAAUUUCAGAAUGUCCAUUCAUGGCCAAGGGGAUAUUUUAAUUAUCCAAACAGGAGGAACUAUUGAUAAAUUGUAUCCACAACAUCCAGGGGCCUAUGGAUUUGAAAUUGGUCCACCAGCUGUUAUAAAUAUUCUUCCGAGAGCUGCGCCAUAUCUUUCAUGUACAGUAGAGAGUAUCUGCUCAAAAGAUAGCCAGGAAAUCACUGAUGCUGACAGGGAAGAUAUUCUCCGGUGUGUUGUGGAUGCAAAUCAGCAGUUAGUGCUAAUUACUCAUGGCACAGACACAAUAUGUGAAACAGCUCGUUACUUAGCCCGAGCUGGAGUUGGCCAAGGAAAAGACUUUGGACCAGGUGUAGGAGAAAAGAUUGUUGUCCUCACUGGUGCAGUCAAACCAGAAUGCAUGAAAGACUCUGAUGCUGAUUUCAACAUAGGAUUUGCUCUCGGUGUAUUACAGGCUUCUACAUCCCCUGGUGUCUAUGUUGCCAUGGAGGGAUCCAUUGUUUCUGGGAUGCAUGUUGUUAGAAAUAAGGAUGGAAAGUUUCUGGAUGAGAGAGAAAUGUGAAUGAAAGAAUGAGUUUUGUUGACUUGUAGAUAUGUAUUAUAUUUUGGUGCAUUUUUUUUCAUUUCAUCCCCUGAUAUUUUCAUCAUCUGAUCAUUUUAUCUAACAAAUUGUAAUUUUAAAAAUCAUGAAAUGAGCAAUAUUUAAUGUAUUCAUUUUUUAUUUAAAUGAUAAAAUUGUAACACGUUACUGUUUAAAAGGAAUUAAAGCAAAACUUCUACAGGCGACAUGAUAUUACGAGGAUGGGUGAACUCCACCUUUAUAAGAAAAAAAUAAAACCUUAUUUCAAGGCUAAAAAUGAAAGUGAAACAUAUUCGUACUUUCACCACAGCUUGGCCUUUGAUGAUAAGUUAUCAGCGGCACGGUCAUAAUUAUUGUAAUCGCACUUCUAUCUCUCAAAAGAUUUCCACUACUUUCACCACACCUUGGCCUUUGAUGAUAAGUUAUCAGCGGCACAGUCAUAAUUAUUGUAAUCGCACUUCUAUCUCUCAAAAGAUUUCCACUACUUGCACCACAUCUUGGCCUUUGAUGAUAAGUUAUCAGCGGCAUGAUCAUAAUUAUUUUAAUCGCACUUCUAUCUCUCAAAUGAUUUUUUACUACUUCCACCAAACCUUGGCAUUCGAUCAGGAUAAUAUUAUGAUAUUACAACCCCCACAUUCAAUAGAAGCGCUAUAGCUAAGUACACACCCAGAUUUACAAUAUAAUAUAAGAUUUCUCAUUAAGAAUACAAACUGAAAGAGGAAACACUGUAAACGCAUUAGUAACAAGUCAUAAAAUGUCAAAAAGCAUUCUACAUAAUCAUAUUUAUAUAUAAAAUAUUUAAUUGGGGAUGAAGUGACUGGGGAUGAAAUGACCGGUCACCCAUUAUUCAUUUGUUAACAAAAUCUUAACACAUAAUAUUCUGCUCUAGUAUAACAGUCAGUCUGGUAUAUUGAGUAUGACAGUAUGGAAAUCAGAUAACUUUAUUUCUGAGCAGCUGCUGAUAGCAGAAAUUAAAUGGCAAAUAAAAUGUUUAUAUAUUUGUUGUUUUAAA